AUGUCCGGCAAGUCGGCUAUCAUUCGUAACGACACACUGUCUAGUACUACUACCAGUACGACCAGCGGCACAGAGUCUACACCAAGAAAGCCCACUCCCCAAGAAUUAGUAUCGUCAGCCACUGCUGCUGCACAAUAUAGAAGAAACUUGAAAUAUGGCAUUUACCAUCAGCCUGGAGCCCCAAUUGUAGGCGUUCCGACCAAGUCAUCAGACACAGCAGCUAUUUUAGCAGCCAAAUCUGACCUUUCACUCAAGUUGUGGCAACCUGACGGGUCGCCUGCUGCGGGCACUGCGGCUAUUUUAGCCAAUUCUUCCAAUACAUCUCCUGAAAUCUGGAGACCGGACUUAUCCAGUGAGGCUGCUGCUGCCGCUUUAGUUGCUAAGGAUAAAGAUGACUAUGAUGGAACCCCUGAAGAAAAGGCUCGUGCUGUAAGACGUCAGAAUGCGCUUAGUGCCAGUGCGUCUAGGGCUGCUUUAUCUGUUCACGAUACACCAGGGCACCAAUUUGCUGCCCAGGCUCUACCUGAUGCUUAUGAAUGGGGAGAGAGAAGAACCCGAACUGGAUCCACUUCGACUGCUUUUGAAGCGGCAGGUGCGUCAGUAACCCAAGCUAGCAUCACCAGUAGCUUAAGUGCCAAGGCUGCUGGUGCUGCAUUGUCUCAUCCCGAACUGUCUGCCUCCACGCUGAAUAAUAUCGGUAACAUUGAGGAAAUUGCUCGUAAUCAGGCCAAGGAGAGACUGUCCAAGCUAUAUCUUCCAACUCAUGGAGGAGCAUCUAUUGAUAUGGCCAACACUGGCAGUGGAUUUGCUCUUCAACAUGGUGGAGAGUUUUCUGACCCGUUAUUAAAACUCACUCCUCAUCAUUUGGAUUCCACUCAAGGAGAAAGUUUACUUGCACAUGCGAGAGAGAGAGCUGCGGCCAGAUUAAGUGCUGUCGAUAAGUUCAAUGCUGAAAGAAAUUUGUUUGGAAACGCGAAUUAUAAUGCUGCUGCGUUGGCCGUGGCUACUGCCAAUUCUAAAAAGAGAAUGGAGAACCACGGUAAAAUCGAUCUUGGUGGUGGAAAGUUUAUUAGUCAAAGCGAUGUUGAACAAAUUGCACAGAGAAAUGUUCGACCUGUUUUGGCAGAAAUCACUGAGAAAGUAGAUGCACAAAGAAAAGCAGAUGAAGAGAAGUAUGCCGCAGAGUUGGCCCAGAAGGAGCAGCGUGAACAUGAAAGGCAGUUAGAGCGUGAGAAAAAGGCUGAAGUCAAGAGAAUCAAGGACGAGGAAAAUGCUAAGAAGAAGGCCGAGCGUGCGAAAGUCAAGGCUGCUGAGAACGAGCGCAAGGCUGAGCUGGCUAAACAAAAAGCCAAGGAAGAUGCUGUUCGUAGGGAAGAGCAAGCGAAAGUCAGGGCCGCACGUGAAUCUGAAAAUGCUAGAAUCAGAGCUGAGCGUGAUGCUGAAAAUGCAAAGAUAAAGGCUGCUGAAAAAGAACGUAAAGCUGCUGAAAAGGCAAAGAACAAAGCCAGAAAGGCUGAGUUGAAGGAGGCCCUUGCUCAAUCGAAGCAUGCUGAACUCCUUGCCCGUGCUGAAGUUCAAAAGACAAGGGCCUUAGUCGAUAAGGCAGCUGCUGAACUUGAAGCUGCCAAGUUGGCUGAAUCCAAGGCAGCUGAGGGAGAAGCUGCUGAGGCUGCUAAGAGAGUUACAGCUGAGAAGCAGUCGGCUUUGCAAGAAGCUGAACAAGAGCUCACUGCCGCUACCGCAAAGAAGGAGAAAACUGCUGCCACUACAGCUGCUGAACUAGAAGCUGAAGCUGCUUUAGAAUCUAAGGAAGCUGCUGAAGAAGCAGCCGAAGGUACAGAUGAUCAAGUCGCUGGUGAAACUCGUGGUAUUGGUGAGUCCAGCAAGGCUGCUGAUGACGUUAAUGAAGGUGAUGCCGUAGAGACUGCCGGACUAGCAACUGCCGGUCUUGGAGCUGCUGGUGUAGCCGCUGCUGAAGUUGGAUCUGAGUCUGAAGCGGAAGCCAAGGACGCUGAAGUGCCUUCCGAGGAAUUACAACCCAUUACUGAAGAAGCAGAUGCUGGAGAGGCUGAAACUGAACCUGCUGUGCCUGUGACUGAGGACCACCUUGAAACAGAGCCAACUGAGGCUGUUGAAUCCAAAGAGGUUAACGAGGAUGGUGACGACGCUGUCCAAGGUUCCGAACCCACAGAGACAGAAACUGAGACAGAGUUAGCUGAGACUAAGCCUGCUGAGAGUGAUGUCAACGAGGUUAGUCCUACAGAUGAUACGCCAGUUCAGAUUUCAGAAGAGAUUGCUGAAGACACCACUUUACCAGAGCCUACUGAAGAAAGCUCCAGAGUAGUUGUAGCUGAUCAGGAAAAUGUCCAAGAAACUAAGGAGGAGGACGGAGAAGAAGAAGAAGAAACAGAGGCCAAGACUGCUGUGGGUUCUUCUGAAGUGGCUCCUAAUGAAGUAGAACAACCUGAGACUGCUAAAGAAAUUGAGGCACCUGUGGCUGCUAAAGAAAUCUCUUCUAACCCAGCUGUUGAAACUGGGUCUGGAGCUGGAGUUGGUGGAGCAGUCGCCCCAUCCCCUACUUCACCUACCAAGAGAAAACUUGGCUCUUGGGUUAAGACGAAGUUGAGAAGACUGUCUAAUGCUGGCUCAAGUAAGAGCUUAAGUAGCACAGGUGGUGAGAGUACAAAACCCGAGCCUGAGGGUCCUCAACAUUCACUAAAGGAAAAGCUUGAAUCCAAGAAGGCUGAAAAGGCUUCCACUCCUCCAACUCCAAAGCCUGCUGUUCAGCCUCUGCAGACUACCUCUGAUACUACAACUGAGACAAUGGCUUCCAGCGCUGCAAAAGCUGCCUUGGCCACUCCGUCAGCAACUGUUCAAAGCGAGGAGGCCGCUCAGCAAGUAGUUGGACCAUCUUGGUCGGCCGCCAGUGGCACGACUACACCUACUGCUGCUACUCCAAAGGCUCCUCAAAGUAGUGCCAUUGAUCGUAAGGCCGAGAUCGAGAAGGAGUUUUCCGAGUUUGACAGUACCUCACCACAUGUAAUUGCAAGUGAGGAAUCGACCAAUGCUGCUGCUGCUGCUGCAGAUGGUACUGAGGCCACCAAGUCAACGGAAGCUCCCAUUGCUGAGACCGAGGUUGAAAAUGGUGAGGCGGCUGUAGCUGACGAAACUUCUGAACCAGUCGAGGCCUCAGAAGAAUCUAAUACCAAUGCUACUGAUGUAGCGGACGGUGCUGAAGGUGAGGCAGCCAAGACUGCUCCCACGAGCAAUGUUGGAAUUGUUCAAGAGGUGGUCGAGAACAUUCUUAACCUUAAUAACAACGAACCAGCUAAACAGGAUGCUGCUCGUGAGAAUGAAGGUAUUUUUAAGGAGGAAGUUUCCUAA